CAGUAAUCUGUGGAGAAAUUCGCAAAAAAAAUAUUUGAAGUAACUGAGGAUUUUGCAAAAGGGUGAAUUUGCUUUACAAAAUGAUGGAUUUGAAGUGGAAAACCUAUAAACACUAAGACACAUUAUCAAAGCAAUGACAGAUCAAAAAGAUACAAUGGAAAGCCAAAAGUAAUACAAGGAAAGGCAGGGGGUGGGAAUGGAUGGAGGGUCCGGAAAGUGCGGGAAGGCUUGGCAGAGGUCAAGUGCGCGCUGUGUCCAUCACGUGGGGUUGGACUUCCCAGCCCGACCGAGGCGGAGGCCCUGCGGCUGCGCCAGGAGCGCCCGUCCACGACGGCGCCAAGCCGAGAGCAGACUCCGCCUCUUUCAAGCUCCGAGGAUUUCAGGACCGGGGCAAAGAUGCCUGGGAAAUGGAGUCCGAGCGCCGAGGAGACCCGGAGGCUUCUGGGAAUCGCAGUCCAAAGCUGGUGUGUCUUCCGCGCAGACUCAGAAGUGUCCGAAGACGGAAACGUGAACAAGUGGCGCGACGCUGUCCUUCCCCCGGAAGUGUCCGAUCGGAACCAGUCCCGUGGGAGAGGAGAGCUCUUGAAACUAAAAGACCCUUCACAAGGCAGAAGUGGGUUUUGUGAUCAUUCAUUCUAUCCCAAGAUGAUGACAGAAUCCAAGAAAGCUGCAGCUCAGAAUCCUCAGGAGGAUGAAGGGCCCCUGAGAGUGAAGGUGGAGGAGGAAGAUUUUGUCUGGGGGCAGGACGCUGGCUCGGGGAGAAGUGAUUUUCUCAAGCAGGAGCUGUGCCGGCAACUGUUCAGGCAUUUCAGCUACCACGAUGCACCUGGGCCCCGCCAGGCACUGCACCGGCUCCGUGAGCUCUGCGGGCUGUGGCUGCAGCCCGAGACGCACAGCAAGGAGCAGAUGCUGGAGCUGCUGGUGCUGGAGCAGCUUCUGAGCAUCCUGCCUGCGGAGCUGCAGGCCCUGGUGCGAGAGCAGUGCCCGCGCAGCGGGGAGGAGGUGGUGACAGUGCUGGAAGACGAGAGAGGCAGCGGUGAGACAGCGCUCCAGGUUCCAGUCCCUGGACAUGGACAGGAAAUAUUCAGGAGAAAGGUUCCAUCUCCUGGACCAGCAUUUACUGACCAGCUCCAGCCAGUGGACACCAAGGACCUUCAGGCUUCUUCAGAACCCUGUCUCCCACUGAACUUCGAUCAUGAGAGUGAAAACAACGUGUCUCUGUCAAGUCUUGACGUUCAUGGAAACACAGGCUCACAGAGAAUUGUAUCAGGACGACCUUCGACGUUUGCAUCAGAGGAGUCUGCUGCGCCUUGGGACAUCUCCAAGUCUGCGGGCCAGAUAGAGCAGCAACAGGAAAACGAGCCUGGGGGGUCUCGGAGACCAUCGUCUGCUCAGGACGGAGGUUUUAGCAAAAUCCUCACCCACAAAAAUACACUUUCAGAUGAAAUAAUAAGUAACAAUGGAUGUGACAGACGUGUAAACCUGAACCCAAAUGAAUUUACACACCACAGAUCUUGUAAACACAGUACCUAUGACCAAAGUCUCCAGUGGAAUUCGGGUUUUAUUAUGCAUCAAAGAAUUUAUGUUGGAGAAAAAACUCCCCAACGUGGAAAAUCUCUCAAGCACUCAAACCUUAUUAAACAGACAGCAGUUUUCAGCGGAGAGAAAACCCAUCAAUGUAGUGAGUGUGGGAAAGCUUUCAGGCACAGCUCAAAGCUUACCAGACACCAGAAAACCCACACUGGAGAGAGACCCUAUGAGUGCAACGAGUGUGGCAAAGGCUUUGGGGGGAGAUCAGAUCUCAUUAGACACCAGAGAGUCCACUCUGGGGAGAGACCCUUUGAAUGCAAAGAAUGUGGAAGAGCCUUCAGCCUGAACUCACACCUCAUCCUGCAUCAGAGAAUCCACACCAGAGAGAAACCCUAUGUGUGCAGUGAAUGUGGGAAAACCUUCAGGGUGAGCUCACACCUCAUUCGACACCUGAGAGUCCACACUGGAGAGAAACCCUAUGCGUGCAGCGAGUGUGGGAGAGCCUUCAGUCAGAGCUCGCACCUCAGCCAACAUCGGAGAAUUCACAAGAGGGAAAGCCUGUUAAUGUGAGGGACUGAAGUUCAUAGGGAAUGCUAAGGAAAUAGCAAAAUGUGGGAAACAUUGAAUACAGAGUAAAUCCUGGGUGGGGUGAGUGACUGACAGCAGCAUCUCUUUCCUCCCUCUGGUGCUCUAGUGUGCGGUCCUGCCUGUGGUCUGGCCUCUCUGCUUUCUGAAAGGCUAGGCUGCCAGACCAGACGAGCAGAGUUGGGGGAGGCAAAUAAAUAGGUUAGUCCAGCGGUGGGGAGAGGACAAAAAAGGACCUUCUUACGAAAUAACCCUGAUCACAGUGUGGGGGGGCUCGGGGAGAGAGUCAUCCUCAGCCCCGCGUCGUGGUUCUGCACACCAAGGCUGCUCUGCAGCCGAGGACAGAGCUGGAGGGUUGUGUGAAAGGGGACUAGGCAGUGGUGGCCCUCCGACAAGUAGGGUGUAAUCUGCAUCGAGGUCCUGCCAGGAAGUACACCCAAGGCAAGAGGCUGGAGUCAGAGAUUCCAACAGGAAGGAGGGGUGUGGAAGGAAAUGAGGCAAGAGGUGGGAUCAGAGGUGAGCAAUGUGUUCACGUGGGAGGGAACCUAGAUCCGGAGGCGACAGCUGCAGUCCUGUAACGGGAACCUUCCUGCCACGUGUGCUUUGUUUGUGGACACCUUCCUGGGCUGAGUGGACAGAGACUGCAGUUCUGGGGGCCUCUCGACUGGCCACUGACAAGUGAGGAGGGCAGAGGGAGUUGGUACCAAAAGCAAAGCUUCUGCAACUUUAAACCAGCACAGAAAUGCAUCUAUUCUAAAUUCCUUGCCCGUGUUCCCAUUUAUCCUGUAAUACCCUGGUGAAUAGUAGGGUGGUUAUUACCCUUAUUUCAUUGAAGAAAAUUUUGAGUUAAAAGGAAUUCGGUAACUUGUCAACAGUUACAAGAUUAUGAGGUGAAAAGAAGGAUUCAGCUGCUCAUCUAGAGACGCGGUUAAGCCAUUACCCCAAGGCAUCUGGCCUGCUGCAGAGAAGUUUUAUGACUGUUUGUAUAAAGUAGGGGUCCUCAAACUUUUUAAACAGGGGGCCAGUUCACUGUCCCUCAGACCGUUGGAGGG